AUGCCUGGGAAGACAGGCUGGGGCUGGUGGUGGGCCCGGCUGCCUCUUUGCCUGCUCCUUAGCCUUUAUGGCCCCUGGGUGCCUUCCUCCCUGGGGAAGCCCAAGAGCCACCCCCACAUGAAUUCCAUCCGCAUAGAUGGGGACAUCACACUGGGAGGCCUGUUCCCCGUGCACGGCCGGGGCGCAGAGGGCAAGGCCUGUGGAGAACUUAAGAAGGAAAAGGGCAUCCACCGGCUGGAGGCCAUGCUUUUUGCCCUGGACCGCAUCAACAAUGACCCGGACUUGCUGCCCAACGUCACGCUGGGCGCCCGCAUUCUGGACACCUGCUCGAGGGACACCCAUGCCCUCGAGCAGUCGCUGACCUUUGUGCAGGCGCUCAUCGAGAAGGAUGGCACGGAGGUCCGCUGUGGCAGUGGCGGCCCACCCAUCAUCACCAAACCUGAACGUGUGGUGGGUGUCAUCGGUGCUUCAGGGAGCUCGGUCUCCAUCAUGGUGGCCAACAUCCUCCGCCUCUUCAAGAUCCCCCAGAUCAGCUACGCCUCCACAGCCCCCGACCUGAGUGACAACAGCCGCUACGACUUCUUCUCCCGAGUGGUGCCCUCGGACACGUACCAGGCCCAGGCCAUGGUGGACAUCGUCCGCGCCCUCAAGUGGAACUACGUGUCCACGCUGGCCUCGGAGGGCAGCUACGGCGAGAGCGGCGUAGAGGCCUUCAUCCAGAAGUCCCGGGAGGACGGGGGCGUGUGCAUCGCUCAGUCGGUGAAGAUACCUCGGGAGCCCAAGCCUGGGGAGUUUGACAAGAUCAUCCGGCGCCUCCUGGAGACCUCGAAUGCCAGGGCGGUCAUCAUCUUUGCCAAUGAGGAUGACAUCAGGCGUGUGCUGGAGGCAGCGCGGAAGGCUAACCAGACAGGCCACUUCUUCUGGAUGGGCUCGGACAGCUGGGGCUCCAAGAGCGCGCCCGUGCUGCACCUGGAGGAGGUGGCAGAGGGCGCUGUCACCAUCCUCCCCAAGAGGAUGUCUGUGCGAGGCUUCGACCGCUACUUCUCCAGCCGCACGCUAGACAACAACCGGCGCAACAUCUGGUUUGCCGAGUUCUGGGAGGACAACUUCCAUUGCAAGCUGAGCCGCCACGCGCUCAAGAAGGGCAGUCACGUCAAGAAGUGCACCAACCGAGAGCGCAUCGGGCAGGACUCCGCGUAUGAGCAGGAGGGGAAGGUGCAGUUUGUGAUUGAUGCUGUGUACGCCAUGGGCCACGCGCUGCACGCCAUGCACCGUGACCUAUGUCCGGGCCGCGUGGGGCUCUGCCCACGCAUGGACCCCGUAGACGGCACCCAGCUGCUCAAGUACAUCCGCAAUGUCAACUUCUCAGGCAUCGCAGGGAACCCCGUGACCUUCAAUGAGAAUGGAGAUGCCCCUGGGCGCUACGACAUCUACCAGUACCAACUGCGCAAUGGCUCCGCUGAGUACAAGGUCAUCGGCUCCUGGACCGACCACCUGCACCUCAGAAUAGAGCGGAUGCACUGGCCGGGGAGCGGGCAGCAGCUGCCCCGCUCCAUCUGCAGCCUGCCCUGCCAGCCAGGCGAGCGGAAGAAGACCGUGAAGGGCAUACCCUGCUGCUGGCACUGUGAGCCCUGCACAGGCUACCAGUAUCAGGUGGACCGCUACACCUGUAAGACCUGCCCGUAUGAUAUGCGGCCCACAGAGAACCGCACAGGCUGCCGGCCCAUCCCCAUCAUCAAGCUCGAGUGGGACUCGCCCUGGGCCGUGCUGCCCCUCUUCCUGGCCGUGGUGGGCAUCGCUGCCACGCUCUUUGUGGUGGUCACCUUCGUGCGCUACAACGACACGCCCAUCGUCAAGGCCUCGGGCCGCGAGCUGAGCUACGUGCUUCUGGCCGGCAUCUUCCUGUGCUACGCCACCACCUUCCUCAUGAUUGCCGAGCCUGACCUGGGCACCUGCUCUCUGCGCCGCAUCUUCCUGGGGCUGGGCAUGAGCAUCAGCUACGCGGCGCUGCUCACCAAGACCAACCGCAUCUACCGCAUCUUCGAGCAGGGCAAGCGCUCCGUCAGCGCCCCGCGCUUCAUCAGCCCCGCCUCGCAGCUCGCCAUCACCUUCAGCCUCAUCUCCCUGCAGCUGCUGGGCAUCUGCGUGUGGUUUGUGGUGGACCCCUCCCACUCGGUGGUGGACUUCCAGGACCAGCGGACGCUCGACCCCCGCUUCGCCCGGGGCGUGCUCAAGUGCGACAUCUCUGACCUGUCGCUCAUCUGCCUGCUGGGCUACAGCAUGCUGCUCAUGGUCACAUGCACCGUGUACGCCAUCAAGACGCGCGGCGUUCCCGAGACCUUCAACGAGGCCAAGCCCAUCGGCUUCACCAUGUACACCACCUGCAUCGUCUGGCUCGCUUUCAUCCCCAUCUUCUUUGGCACCUCGCAGUCGGCAGACAAGCUGUAUAUCCAGACAACGACGCUGACGGUCUCGGUGAGUCUGAGCGCCUCGGUGUCCCUGGGGAUGCUCUACAUGCCCAAGGUCUACAUCAUCCUCUUCCACCCGGAGCAGAACGUGCCCAAGCGCAAGCGCAGCCUCAAAGCCGUCGUCACCGCCGCCACCAUGUCCAACAAGUUCACGCAGAAGGGCAGCUUCCGGCCCAACGGUGAGGCCAAGUCUGAGCUCUGUGAGAACCUGGAGACCCCAGCCGCCUCUGGGCACCAGCAUACAACUCCCACCCCAAGCGACAAGGCUGACCUUGAUUAUCUCCACUGAGCUGUCCCAACCCAUGGGACCUGGCCAGCGUCUUCACCCCUCUGGCCCCAGUGCCUCAUUUUUCACACAAGGGUGGCACUUACCUGGCCUCCUCACUAGGCUGCUGUGAGGUCCGAACUCCCACCGAGCAGAGGCAGGGGGAGGCUUGUGCUGCUGGGAAGAGCUGAUGUUGCCACCCAGCUGUUAGUGGCUGGGAGGGCCCCGGGGGCUGGGGCCAGGAAAUGGGGGAUACCUAGACACGCAAGUCCAGGGCAUGGCUGAGCGAGGGCCAGAGCAAUGGGUGUGGAUAAGGAAGACUCAAGGCUAAGGUGAGACAGGGAUGCCUAGAAAUGGGAAGGAUAGCCACACCAAGGCCCCAGGGGGCCUGGAGGCCUUCCACUUUCCUUGGGUGCCGCACGGGGGCCAAGUUAGCCAGCUAACCGGUCAGCUAGUCAGUUUCUAGCCUCACGAGCCCCCACUGCGCUGGUUCCAUCAUUGAUUUCCUCCAUCCCGGUUCGCCACUCCCUUCCUCUAGGCUGCCAGGCUAUGUCUGAUGUCUGUUCUUUGCAUGUGCUCUUCCAGAACGGGUGCUGUUGACCUGAAACUUCUGCUGAUAAUACUU